AUGAUCAGCUACGAGAUAAUACGAAUUACCAAGAGAUUUCAGAUGGGCGUCAAAAACUGGCUGCAACAUGCGUUUGCCGUCGAAAAGAAAUUACCACCACCAACCAGCGAAGAGUUAGCGCUUGUCAACAAACUGGCUGUGGAGAUCGUGCGGCGAGAGCUCUCGACACCCGCCAUCGCAGUAUUGGAAAUGUCCAAGCCCUUGAACUACAUCAGCUCUCAAGCCAUGCGUUUUUUUGAACCGGCGAUUUCUUCAAUUGUUGAUGCCAAUGAUUAUGUGACUCUCGCCAAAUUCCUGGAGCGCCGCGAUUCUCUGGAGAUUCUCAUCCAAAUGGUGGAGGAGGAAGACCGGAAACGUACUAAAG